GUGAAACUGAUGAAGAAUGCAUUGAUACUAUGUCUAAAUUAAGAAAGUAUCAUAUUGGAUCUAUACUUGGUCCAUCGAUUGAAACUGAUUUAAAUCAAGAUGAAUCUUCAUCAGAUAUUGAAAACGAUGAAAAAUUCAAUCAAGUUACCAAUAAUUAUUUAAGUUGCAUUAAAACUAUGUCAAAACUACCUAACAGUUUCGUUGCUGUUAAAAUUACUGGCCUUUCAGACCCUUUGAUUUUAAAAAAUUUGACUUUAACUUUGAAUUCUCUAAACAAAGCCUUCGAUCAAUUCGAUAAUGAUCAAGAUGGGACAUUAAGAAAAUCUGAAUUAAAGAACCUUUUUGUUAAUAUCUUUGGAGAAAGUGAAUCACGUCUUAUUGAAAGAGUUUUGAAUAAAGCUGACUCUGAUAAUAAAUUAAUUGAUCGAUUAGAUUAUUUCAAGAUUUUACUGGAUAAUCGAGAUUUUAUGAUUAAGCAUUCAAUGUUAAAUCAAAAAAUGAUUAAAGCUUUUAAUCAAUUAUCAACUAGGCUUGAACAAAUAAGCAAGACAGCAUAUCAAUAUAAUGUGAAAUUAUUAAUAGAUGCGGAACAAACUUAUUUCCAACCAGCAAUCGAUUAUGUAGCAAUGGGACUAUCUUUAAAAUACAACAAAUUUACUGAUGAAAAUAAUGGUCCAAUCAUAUUUAACACUUAUCAAAUGUAUCUUAAGGAUUCAUCAUCAAGAUUAAAGAGAGAUUACGAAUUAUCACGAAGAAACAAAUUUGUAUUUGCAGCCAAGCUUGUUCGCGGUGCCUAUAUGACUAGUGAAAGAUUGAUCGCAAAUGAAUCAGGUUAUCCGGAUCCUAUCCACGAUAGCUUAGAAGACACCCAUGAAUCUUAUAAUGGUGCUGUUACUUUUUUAUUAAGCGAACUGUAUAAAAGUAAAAAGAAUUUAGAAGCUAAAAAUGUCAAUGACGGCAGCAUUUACGAUUCAAAUAUUAGCAACAACCCUUUGGCAUCC